GAUGCGCCAUAGCCAGUCUCUCUCUUGUACUUACCCAGCCAGCAGCGGCGAUCGCUGUCCAGAGUGCAUAGAUGUGCAGGAUCCCUGGAUUACUCGUGUGCUUGAGAGGCCAGAAACCAUCACCGUGGCGUGGACUGUCUUCUGAAAAAGGGAAAGAGCCACGGUGAGAACAUGGCGGUGGAAGAGGAAGGUCUGCGGGUUUUCCAGAGCGUUAGAAUAAAAAUAGGAGAAGCAAAAAACAUCCCUCCUUACCCAGGCCCAAACAGGAUGAGGGACUGUUUCUGCACUGUCAACCUGGACCAAGAGGAGGUGUUCAGGACCAAGAUAAUUGAGAAGUCCCUUUGUCCAUUCUAUGGGGAGGAUUUCUACUGUGAGAUUCCACGCAGCUUCAGACAUCUGUCUUUCUACAUCUUUGACAGGGACGUGUUCAGGAGGGACUCCAGUAUCGGCAAGGUUGCAGUGAAGAAAGAGGACCUGCAGAAAUAUCAUGGGAAAGACACCUGGUUCCCGCUGCAACCGGUCAGUGCUGACUCAGAGGUGCAGGGAAAAGUGCACCUGGAGCUGCGUCUGAGUGAAGUCAUCACAGACAGUGGAGCCAUCAGCCAUAAACUAGCCACACGAGUGUUGGAGUGCCAAGGUCUUCCAAUCAUCAAUGGCCAGUGUGAUCCCUACGCUGCCGUUUCCUUACUGGGACCUUCAAGGUCAGAUGCCAAGAAGACCAAAGUGAAGAGGAAAAACAACAAUCCACAGUUUGAGGAGGUUUUCUAUUUUGAGGUGACACGUCCUUUAAGUUACACAAAGCGGCAGUUUGAUGUUGAAGAAGAGGAUGUUGACAAACUGGCGCUGAGAGUGGAUCUGUGGAACGCCAGCAACCUGAAGUUUGGGGAUGAGUUCCUUGGAGGAGUGCGGGUUCCUCUGCGAGUCCUGGGUCAGGUUGGAGUUCAUGAUGCAUGGUACUUUCUCCAGCCGAGGGAAAAUGGAGGGCGGUCAGUGAAGGUGGAUGAGCUCGGCUCUCUACGUCUAAACAUCAUUUACACUGAAGACCAUGUCUUCCCGACGGAAUAUUACACCCCUCUCAGAGAUCUGCUGCUGUUCUCUGCUAACGUAGAGCCUGUGUCGGCGUCCACCGCUCACAUUCUGGGGGAGGUGUGUCGAGAGAAGCAGGAGGCCGCUAUCCCCCUUGUGCGUCUCUUCCUUCAUUACGGCAAGAUUGUGCCUUUCAUCAGCACCAUCGCUCAAGCUGAAGUCAACCGCACACAGGAUCCAAACAUCAUUUUCCGUGGAAACUCACUCACUUCUAAGUGCAUUGAUGAGACAAUGAAGCUAGCGGGAAUGCACUAUCUCCAAGACACCCUCAAACCCAUCAUUGAUGAGAUCUGCACAGAACACAAAUCCUGUGAAAUUGACCCCAUCAAACUAAAAGAGUCAGAGAACCUGGACACAAACAGGGAAAACCUUCGUCAGUAUGUUGACCGAAUUUUCGACGUCAUCACCGCCUCUGGCGUUCGCUGUCCCACCGUCAUGUGUGAUAUCUUCUUCUCCUUGAGAGAGUCUGCUGCCACCCGUUUCCAAGUUGACCAAGAUGUGCGAUACACAGCAGUGAGCAGCUUCAUCUUCCUGCGAUUCUUUGCUCCAGCCAUUCUCUCCCCAAACCUUUUCCAUCUACGGCCACACCAUUCGGAUCCCGCCACCUCCCGAACGCUGACCCUCAUCUCAAAGACGAUCCAGACUUUGGGAAGUCUUGCAAAAUCUAAAUCUGCCAAUUUCAAAGAGUCAUUCAUGGCUGCGUUUUAUGACUUCUUCAAUGAGCAGAAAUAUGCGGAUGCUGUGAAAAAUUUUCUGGACCUGAUCUCCACCUCUGGCAAAUGGGAUCAGAAGAGUAUCGAAACACCAAUCAUGCUCAAAGAAGGGUUUAUGAUAAAGAGAGCACAGGGAAGAAACCGGUUUGGAAUGAAGAACUUCAAGAAGAGAUGGUUUCGCCUCACCAACCAUGAGUUUACGUACCACAAAACCAAAGGUGAGGGAGCUCUGUGCAGCAUCCCCAUAGAAAACAUCCUGGCUGUAGAGCGGCUGGAGGAGGAGUCUUUCAAAAUGAAAAAUAUGUUCCAGGUUAUUCAGCCAGAGAGGGCGCUCUACAUUCAGGCCAACAACUGUGUGGAGGCUCGUGACUGGAUUGACAUUUUGACAAAGGUCAGCCAGUGCAACCGCAAACGCCUGAGCACCUACCAUCCGUCAGCAUACCUCAACGGCCACUGGCUCUGCUGCAAGCUGUCUGCAGACACAGCUCCUGGGUGUACGCCCUGCACUGGCAGCCUUCCAGCAAAUAUUCAGCUAGAUGUGGACGGAGACAGAGAAACGGAGAAGAUUUAUUCCCUGUUCAACACAUACAUGACCAAACUGAUCAAGAUGCAAGAGGCGUGUGGCAGUAAAUCCGUGUAUGAUGGUCCUGAAGAGGAGGAGUACUCCAGCUUUGUCAUCGACGAUCCUCAGGAAACCUACAAAACCCUGAAGCUGAUCGUUUCAGCUGUGCAGACGUUGGAGCAGCAGCACACCAAGUACAAACGAGAAAAGUUUAGGAACACCAAGAUUGGCAGCCAGGAGCACCCAAUAGGCGACAAGAGUUUUCAGUGCUACAUCCGCCAACAGUCCGAGAGCUCCACCUACUCUAUCUAGCCUUUGACUUGCUUUGGACUGGGCGGGACAUGUAGAUUUUUGCAGUGUCUCAAUGCUACAACAAAAGACCUCCUACCAGCAAGAACGGAUCAAGAUGAACAAUUGUGAAAGGACGGAGGGAAUACGACUGAAGAAAAUCGUCACACCACACAUCUGUUUUGUGAACGAACAUUUUCACUGUACAUUUUUGACAGUGACCAACACGCACUUUAAUUGUCUUCAAAUCUGUGGAAGAACAAUGCUCAUUUAAUCAGUUUGAUUUGUUUUUUUCUCAUUGUAAAGGUUGUUCAAACGUUCUGUUUUAUUUCACGUCUCACAGAUCAAACUGUAGAAGGAAAGGACUUUCAUUUUGACCCCAUUUCUAUUUUUUUGUAUUGUUUUAUUAUUCAUGUUAUUACUUUUAAAUCAUUUUGUCCACAACCUCCUCAGGAAGGCUGUGAAGGUCAACAGAACACAAGAAGGGAGUACCAGGACCAAACACAGCCCAAACAUGGCUUGAUUGUGUAUCAAUCCUUGUCAUCAGUGUGUAAAAUCAUGCCCUGUGUGACCAGGAGUGGGUUUACGAGGGAUAGCUUGUGUUUUUGUUCUGCGCACACUGAGUCAGAUAAACCCGUGGGUGCUUUAUUUGUCUCACUCUACACUGAAGCAUGGCUGAGUGUUUGUCGAGUUUCAAAUUCUGCGAAAGUACACUGAAUAGCUCAUGAAGCAGAACUAUUUCUAUGAGCUAAGAAGUUAGAUUACAUCCAAAUGUUAAAAUGUAAACAUUGGUGCAUAAGCACAUAAAAUGUAAUCUAUAAACACAAUUUGAACCAAAUGUGCUUACAAUACCGGUAGCUCUGUAUAUUACUAUUAUAUUUAGCUGCUCUGCAGUAAAUUCUGUCUUUAUCUACAACUUUCAGUUUUUUUAAAAGCAUUUUUUAGAAAUAUUUAAACUAAAUUCCUGUUCAGGAUAAAGAAAAAAAUGUUAUUUACAAAUACGAGCAGAAUUGCUUGGGCAUAUUUUUCUUCAAACCAAGUUGAACAACAUUAGGCUGUAUUUAUCUUUUAUCUGAGAUAAAGCGGUAGAAGUUGGAUGAAUGGAUGGAUGGAUGGAUGAAUCUUUUCCUGAUAUACAUUUAAAGGGCUAAUUUCUGGGGUAAUGAAAAACAAUUCAUACAAUCAGGAGAUUGUACCAUUUUUGAAGUGAAAGAUUUUACAAAAUUUCAAAAUGAAGUAUGAUUAUUUGUUCUUAUCUCUGCCAAAAGAAAAUAAUAUCACCUAAAUGUGACACACUGGACCUUUAAGGAAGGGAUCACUUGUAGUAUAAUAAUAUAUGAAUGAACAAAUGUAUUCCUAUUUUAAGUGGUUGUGAUACUUGUACCUGACGUCCAGUAAAUUGACUCAAAUAAGAGCAGCAUAUGCAGAGAUGAUGAAGGCCCGUGUUUGUGGAAAAAUCCCAAAAAUGAUUUCAGCUGUCACAGAAACUGUUUUAUUUCUACGGAAGAGUGUUAGGGCCACAAGAAGAAAAAAAUGAAAGAAAAUAGCAUUCAGAAUUUAUUUUUUACAUGUGGCCUGAAUACUCUUUCAUAUAUUUCCGAUCAUUAACACUGAUGUUUUGUUGUUUAAGAUUCACUUCUUGUGAUUAAUCAAACAUUUAAGUCAGUCUUGUCUCACGUUAUGAUUGUGAAAUGGAUAUUGUGUUACUGAGUGUGUGUCGCCCAGUUGGCUGCCUAAUAAUGUAGUGAUGUUUCGUGAGCUAGUUCUAUCUUAGUAUGUGUAGUUUCAAACUUCUUUGUAUGUGUUCCGCGAGAAACUGCCUGCUGUGAAUCUGAAUUGGUCAGCAGUUCAAGGUACAUCGUUCAUUGUUGUGGAUCAUUGUCAUUGACAUCCAGGUUUAUCAGCACCUGACGAAAGAAAGAAAGAAAGACGAAAAGCAAUGGUGUCAUUGUUACUGCCUCUGAAUUGUCAACUUUCCUAAAGUUCAUACAUACAUUCUGCUAUGAAAUGACAAUAAAUAUCACGCUUAGGGAUGAGAGACAGAACUGUGUAUGUAUGUAUACACUGCCUAGGUAAAAAGUGUAUAUACUUACACACUUGUGUAGUUGUCUUCAUCAGAAGUUGGUGACAUUUAUUGUCAUUUCAUAGCAGAAUGUUCCCCUCAAACAUGAGCUGAGCUGGUGGGGUCAUGGCUGUUACAGUAAUAGAAACUCCUUUCUCCGCCUCAAAGCUUUCACAUAAAUGACUUAUGCAAUAACCGUGUUUUAGCAUGCAAUAAUAUGAACGAUCCCAAGUUAACGACACACAUCUGCAGUCAAAAAGCCUUUUCAGAUAAACACAUAUUAUAAAGGGAGAAAAUUGUAUUUUGUACAAAUAUCUUUAAAGUAUUAAACUAAACCAGUUCUUUGUGUACAUAAACAGCUGAACGAAUGAUGAA